AGCGCCUGAACCUUCCAUUUUUUUUUCAGUCAUGUAGGACUUCUGAGGUUCUCAGGAGGCAUGAUGCCAUUAUCAUCUCAGGAACUGAAAUGGCCAGACAAAUCCAGAAGGAAAUACAGGGAGAUGUGGAAUCAUGGAUUUCCCUGGGGAACAGAAGACCUCAUCUCAGCAUCAUCUUAGUGGGUAAUAACCCAGCAAGCCAUACGUAUGUCAGGAAGAAGAUCAGUGCUGCCUCUGCUGUAGGUAUCUGUAGUGAGAUCAUUCUAAAACCUAACGAUGUUUCUCAAGAAGAACUGUUGGAUAUAACCGAUCAGUUGAACAUGGACUCAAGAGUCAGUGGUAUAUUAGUUCAGCUACCUCUGCCAGACCACGUGGAUGAGCGAACUGUAUGCAAUGGAAUUGCCCCUGAGAAAGAUGUGGAUGGAUUUCACAUCAUCAACAUGGGAAGACUGUGCCUUGACCAGCACUGUCUCAUACCUGCCACGGCAUGUGCAGUUUGGGAAAUCCUCAGAAGAACAGGAAUUGAAACAUUUGGAAAAAAUGUGGUUGUUGCUGGAAGAUCGAAGAAUGUGGGGAUGCCCAUUGCUAUGCUUCUGCACACUGAUGGAGAGCAUGAACGACCAGGAGGUGAUGCAACUGUGACGAUAGCUCACAGAUAUACUCCCAAAGAACAACUGAAGAUCCAUACUCAGCUGGCAGAUAUCAUCAUAGUGGCUACAGGUAUUCCAAAAUUAAUUACAUCGGAUAUGGUCAAAGAAGGUGCUGCUGUAAUUGACGUCGGUAUUAAUUACGUCCCUGACCCAGUGACAGGAAAGACAAAGUUAGUCGGAGAUGUGGACUUUGAAGCUGUUAAGAAGAAGGCUGGUUUUAUCACUCCCGUUCCCGGAGGUGUGGGGCCCAUGACGGUGGCAAUGCUCCUGAAGAACACCCUUCUGGCUGCCAAAAAAGUCAUUUACUAGAUCACGGGAGACUAUGAACCAACUGAAGUCAUGCUAUUUAUUUAUUCCACAAAGGGCAAAAACCUUUAUAUUUUACUACAAAGCUAUUUAUUUCUACAUUGUAUUUAUUUUUUCAUGGAUGGAAUCAUUGUGGAUCAGAUGAUUCAUACAACUCUGUGCAUUUCCUGCUGACAAAUUUUGAGUUUUAUGAAAAAAAAAAUUCAAUGGAAACUUUGUUAACAGUUGUUUAUUUUGUGAAUACUAUUUGUUCAUAAGGUUCAAGCAAAAGGGCUCAUAAUAAAUGAAUAUAUUUUUGACAGAAUUAAAUAUCACAUACAGUAUGUUUUCAACAAAUUUUUGUCAUUCAAAUGGGCACCAACAGAAGGUGUCAUGUAGGUGUUCUAAGCAUACUUAUGUAUUUUAUGUUCUUUAUCAUAUGUUGAAAAGAAAUUUGCUAGAAGAGCAAAUUUAAAAAUAGAAUCUUGAUCUCAUAAAUCUCCCAUCUGUAUCCUAUGAAGAAUGAAAAUGAUGCUGUACUCAAGAGAAGAAAAAUAGACAAGGAAAGAAAACAAAAUGCAGUGCUACUUGAGAGAUAGUGAUCAUUUCAAAUUGCGAAUGACUUACUUGCCAAGUAAAACUAUAAUGGGGAUGCAUUAGAUUUACAUGUAAUUUUGUUGUUCCAGAAAAUUUUUUUAGAUAAUAUCUUAUUGAGGAGUAAUGGAAAACCCCAACAAAUACACAGCACACAAGCUAUGGUUGUGGUUUUCCACAAAUACUCAAAAAAUAUUUUAAAUGAGUGAGGCCUUCAAUAAAGAAGCUGCGUGUUUGCUUAAAUCCAGCAAUCUAAUGGGAAAUCCUAACCUGGUGUGCUAAAACAAAGUCUUAGAACAUGACAUGACUGAAACCUACUGCUUUAUUACUCAGUAAUACCCCUUUAUUACCCCUCUUUUGUUUUGGUUCUCAAAGUAGAUGCCAUGUUCCUAACAUAGUUUAAGAUAGGAAAUACAUGUGAA